AUGAACACGAGCCACGAAUCAAAUACCGGAUAUCCGCCACCGCCACAAGUUGGCGCGCCGUUCGCCAAAACCGCAAUACCAUACUCGAUCUUGUUCGUGGUGGGAACCCUCGGAAACACCGCCGUUCUCUCAUAUGUGUUCUUCAUUACAAGAUCCUUGAAAUCAUCGGUAACUGCACUUGGCAACACAUUCAUUUAUAUAGUUGCUCUUUGUGCAGUCGACCUCCUCGUGACCAUCUCGAUACCAUUCUCGCUCUCCAACACAAUCCUCAACAAUUGGGUUUUUGGCGAACUUGGCUGCAAGGUGCAUUGGGCUCUCGAGCUGUCAAAUAAGAUGUGCUCGACAUUCAUUCUGACCGCUCUCGCGUUUGACAGAUAUAUGGCAAUUUGUCAUCCUGAAAAUAAGAGAGUUCAUGAAAUGCGUCAUACCCUAUGCAUUACGACAAUCCUCGCCGGACUUUCGUUCUGUUUAAUUUCGCCUGUUGUGUUUUCUGCCAAAGUCAAAACCCUUCCAUAUGGAGGGGUUUACAUCAAAAACAAUCAAACUCACCACAUUGUUCGAUACAUGUGUAAUGAUGGAAUGUCACGAGAAUGGAAGCUUUUGGUUUCGGCUUUCCUCAUACUUUUGGCUUUUCUUGUCCCAUGUUCACUAUUAACUUAUUUCUAUGCAAAAAUAGUGUUAAGACUUCGAAAGCAACGAAGAUCCAUGUUACAAUCGAGAAUUCCUCUCCGAAGGGUCACCAUCUACACAAUGGCUGCCACUUUUUUUUAUCUGGUUUGCCAAGUUCCAUUCUGGGUUCCUCAAAUCUACAGCGUGUUUUGCAUUAUGUUCUCAUUUCGUCCAAAUUCUAUGCUUCUCACAUUUACGUAUUACUCUCACCUUCUUCCAUUUAUGUCGGCUGCAUUCAAUUGGAUUUUUUAUGCAAGACUCAAUAGUCAGUUCAAGAAAGGACUGGUUCUUGUUACUGAAAGAAUGAUACGAAAAAGGACAAGAUCUCUUUAUCAAAAAGAAGGGUUCAGCGAAGGAAACGGGAUCGAACUAACAACAAGUAAAUUGGAGGAAAUGGGUCUCGUGUGCCCUAAAUGCGAUGCUCAGCUGACGGUCCGAAGCAACAGCAUCAUUAAGAAGAGUUGA